AUGGACUACAUGCUAGCGGCUUACGCAGGAGAUAACCCCUUCCUGCUGGGAUGGCAGGAGUCCUCUUUCACCAACUUCCCCGCGUCCUUCUGGAACGUCGCCGUCGGUCGGCCGUGUCCGGGCAACACCACGGACCUGCCGUACGCGGGCGUCUCCUGCAACGACCAGGGCUACGUCACUUCCGUGGAUUUGAGUUACCCGUCGUUCCCGGCGGGCGUGCCCAAGCUGCAGGGUGGCUUGGACUGGAACAUUUCGGGCGUGCUCUUUCUCGAGCGCCUCGACGUCUCCUACAACCUUCUGGAAGGCCCUCUGCCGCCGCAGCUGGGGCUGGCGCCAAGCCUCAAGUCACUCAACCUAGAGCGCAAUCAGCUCAACGGCACGCUCGACGACAUGCUCUGCUACCUCGACAAACUCGAGUGCCUCCAUCUUGCCGACAACAACUUCACCGGCUCGCUGCCCUGGUGCUUCAAGCGCUUCCCCUGCCCCGACUUCGCGGGCAACCCACAUUUGAACACCAGCGGAUGCUUGGAUGUGACCUACAAGAGCUGUCCCAACAACUACACGGCGGUCGCAGCCCCACCACCCGCGGGGGCGACGGGGCUGGGCGUGGGCGCGGUCAUUGGAAUCGUCUUUGGCUCGCUCGCGCUCUUCGCGCUGGGCGUGGCGCUCUUCUUCUACAUCCGCUUCAAGCAGGAGGAGAAGCGCAAGCGCGAGGAGGCUGAAAGGCUCGCGCAGGACAUUGAGACCCAAAUCUCAACGCGUCACUUCGGCACGCUGAGGCGCUUCUCAGUGGACGAGCUGUCAAAGGCAACCAACGGGUUUGACGACGACAACAUGCUGGGCGAGGGCGGGUUCAGCAAGGUGUACAAGGGCAAGCUGGAGGACGGCAAGUUUGUUGCCGUCAAGAGGAUCAAGGAGGAGAAGAAGUCAGGUGGAGAGCUCAUGUUCCUGUCGGAAGUGGAGCUCAUCAGCCGCGCCGUGCACCGCAACGUCAUGCACUCAGAGGGCUUCUGCGUGGAGAAGGGCGAGUGCAUGCUCGUGCUGCCCUUCUAUGCUAAUGGCUCUGUGGCGUCCCGCACUCAAGGCAAGGAGGGCAACCCCAUGGACUGGCACACGCGCAUGAAGGUCGCCCGCGGCGCCGCAGAAGGCAUCGCAUACAUGCACACGGACUGCAACCCGAAGCUCAUUCACCGCGACAUCAAGGCCGCGAACGUGCUCCUCGACGAGAACGACGAGGCAGUGAUCGCUGAUUUCGGGCUGGCCAAGGAGAUGGACGUGCAUGAGAGCCACGCGUCCACUGCUGUGAAGGGAACUAUUGGUCAUAUUGCGCCAGAGUACUUUGUGAGCGGGCAGUGCUCGGAGAAGACGGACGUGUAUGCGUUCGGAGUGUUCCUGCUGGAGCUCGUGUCGGGCAAGGACGUGUUUGAGCUCACUCUGCCGCCCGAAGCCGAGGAGCUGCUUCUCAGGGACUGGGUGGCCAACAUGCUCCGCGACGGCAAGAUCCCCGAAUUCGUGGACAACGACCUCACCCGAUUGGGCUACGAUGAGGCUGACGUGGCAAAGAUGCUCCAGGUGGCGCUGCUCUGCAUGAAGCACGACGCGGUGGACCGCCCAACCAUGGAUGAGGUGGCAAAGAUGCUGUCUGGAAAGGCCCUGGCGGACAAGUGGGAGAAGUGGCAGGAGGAGGCAGCGAAAAUGUCAGGCGAGGAUGUUAUGGCGGUGGUGAACACGCCUGCUAUCUGGGAGAAUACCACCACUGGUAUCUCGCUCGAUGCCUUCAACCUCGACGUGAUCGAAGUUUGGGAACCCCAAGCGGAUCGCUACUUGCUUGCUCUGUGCUUCUACGGCCGACUGUCCAAUCAGGAGGACUGCAUGCGAAGCUACUUGGUCUUCGCGGCGCUUCUGAACCGCACGCUUUUGGUGCCAGACCCGGGAUUCGCGCAUCACCACCAGACGUGGUACAGAUGGCGAUGGAGCCUGAUAUUCGACAUCCCGCACAUCCAGACGUGCCUGGCGGACGCGUACGGGAACAACACCGUGCUUACAGUGGAGGAGCUUGUAUCGAGGACGAACCAGAAUGUGACUGUAGACCACAUUGCUUGUGCCAACGGGAGGUCCUGCAUGGAUUCGAUUCAAAUGUCCCUCGCCCAACUUCCCAACGUCACACUGCCUGCCAAGCUCGAGCACCCUCUGGAGUCCCUCCCCCCUGGGGGCCUCGCCGAUUUCCUCUCUGCCUAUGCUCCCUACGCCAACUCUCGCGUGCUCAGCCUUGGGAACGUCUAUGGCUUCUCAAUGUACGGCAAGUCUGGAAAGAUGCUGCACGAAUUCAAGCCUCCUUUCCGAACCUCGUGCCUGGACCUCUGGGAGCCGCCUCCAGUGGUUCGGAGGUUCGUCUCGGGGUUUGUUGAUACUUUCCUGGGAGAUGACUAUGCAGCUGUGCAUAUGAGGAGAGGGGAUUUCUCGCAUGCGUAUCUGAGACAUGAGGAAAAGGAGCAGAGCAGGGACCCGGCAUUUCUGCCGAUCGCGUCUAUUGCACGCUACAUUAUAUCGCGAUUCAGCGGCCGUGGCAUAAGUAUUCUGUAUCUUGCCACUGACGCAAGCCUGACGGAAGUGCAAUUCCUGGAGAAGCUGCUGCUGGAGUUGGACUCCAAAGCCCCCUUCGUUGUAGAGAGGCUUCCCGAAUUCACCAAGGGCUCGUUGGAGUACAACGAGUACGACUGGGUGCGUGAUUUUGAAGACUUGGAUGAGGAGGACAAAGGUAUUCUCAGGGCCCUCGCGGAGAAGCACAUAUGCGCAAGAGCGCAAUACUUUAUUGGUACACCCAAGUCCACGUUUUCAGCUGAUAUAUUCAGAUUGAGAGAGGUGGAAAGGCGUUCAUCAGAAGUAGACUCUUACUUCGGGGAUGCUAAAUGA